UUGUUUUCAUCUCCUGACAAGAUGUCCAGCAACUGCUGUUCCAGAAACUUCUCCUCCAGCUCUCUUGGGAGUGCCCUCUGCUACUCUGGAACUUCCUGUGGCUCCUCUUACCCCAGUAACCUGGUCUACACCACCGAAGUCUGCUCUCCCAGCACCUGCCAACUGGGAUCCUCUCUCUACACAGACUAUGGGGAGACCAUCUGUGAGCCCAUCAGGUGCCAGACACCCUGUGUGGUGCCCAUCACCUGCCAAUCAUCUUGCUAUGGCCCAAAACCCUCCACCCACUGCAGACCUUGCCAGUCCUCCUGCUACCGCCCCAGGCCUUCCAUGUUCUGCAGUCCCUGCCAGUCAUCCUACUCUGGGUCUCUAGGCUGUGGACCCAGUAGCAGAUGCUCCAUGGGCUAUGGUUCUGGAAGCUGCUACUCAGUGGGCUAUGAAUCCAGCAGCUGCAAACCCGUGGCUUGUGGAGUCAGUGGCUUCCCUACUCUGAAUUCUGUCUCUGGCUUUUGCCGCCCUUCCUACCUGACAUCUGUGCCCUGCCAGUCUUCAUGUUAUAGACCACCCUGUGGAUCUGGCUGCUAA